GGAAAGGCUUUUGGUAUCCAAUUCAUAAACAAAAACACAGUGAAAGAUUUACAAGAACUGAAAGUUAUGGUCUCACCCAAAUAUGUUAUCGACCCAAAGGAAGGUGGAGAGAAGAAGGCAGGCGAGAGAACAGAUCCAUUUAGGUGGAUGAUUGAUGGUUUCUCAACCAUUGCAAAUGGAGGUGCUGAUACGUAUUACUCGGGGAGUUUCACAGCCUGUGGUUUUAACUGGAAGUUGCGACUGGAAUCAGUUUUAGAAGAAGAAGGUGAGAAAUAUGUGGGUCUUUACCUCUCACAUGAUGAUGCAGCUUCAAAAAGCUCAGUGAUCAAAGCAAUCUACAAGCUCUUCAUAUAUGAUCAACUACACGCAGAGCACAUACAAAAGGAAGGCCAAGACUAUUUCCAUAGCACAUCCCAUGAUGGAUUUUGUUGUAAGGUUGCAUUGAACAAGUUCAACAGUCCCAAAUCUGGUCUACUUGUCAACGAUUGUUGCAUCUUUGGAGCUGACGUCUUGGAGGCUUUUGCAUGCAAAUUAGACAAAGAAGGUGUCAGUGAAACCUUGUCCCUAAACAAAGACGUAACUCCUCGAAUAUAUACUUGGGUAAUCAAGGAUGUUUCCAAAUCGAAAGUGUUCAACUCUGAAGCUUUUGCUGCAGGCGGCUACGACUGGAGUAUCUUGCUCUAUCCAAACUUAGCCGGAUACAAAGACUUCCUUGCUGUUUUCCUGUGGAUGGACAAUGCUGCUAAUCUUGCUCCCAAGACUAGUGUUUAUGUGAACUACAGCUUUUGCUUGUUGGAUCAACACAAUGCCAAGCACUGGAAGCGUUCAGGGAAAUAUUUGUUCUCAUCGGAGUCUUCCAAUUGGGCAUGGGGCGCGUUGUUUAGCUGGAGAAAAGUACAAGAUCCAUCUAGAGGAUUUCUUCUCAACGAGACAUUAAUCAUUGAAGCAUCCGUUGUGGUUCUGGGAGUAGUCACCCUUGCAUGAACAGGAACCAAAAGAGUUCAGUGCGACUUAUCCUAAGAUAUUUGUCUGUUCGUUCUUUGCAUGUGCAUCUAUCAAGCAUGUCCGAAAAAACAAACACCCACAAGUUGAUAACUGCAUGGGAACGCCACAUGAUUCAAAAUACAAAAGGUGUCAUAAUAUAUGUAUAUUAUCGUUAAUAUAAGUUGGCCUCGUUAUUUACCUUUCUUUAUAUA